CAGUCCACCAGACACAAUCAAGAGUUCCUGAAGAUGACCUCAGAUUGAGGUCGAAAAAUCGACAAUUAAAGAUAUCGAUAGAACGAAGUUUUUACGUUUUAUUUAACUGAUGGGCCUCGAGCUUGUUAAAAAUGAUUCAUAACUUAAAAAUCAAAGGCCAACAACAGAAACAUAAUAUGUUUAAGCGGAGAGCACACCGAAAACACAAAGACACGUCAAGAGUCUACAGAAAUAUUAAGGACCAUUAUGAUAUAAACACCAACAAACGUAUCAAAAACUACCAACGCAUAACACAACACAUGACAAAGCUGUCGGAGGCGACGAAGUUCCUGGAGAGGUGCGGGAGAACAGGAUUAACUCCCAACUUCAUUGACAACGCUACGAAAAAUAUACUUUACAUAAUCAACAAUAAUACCAGUAACAAAGCAUUACCAACAAAAAUCACCAAUUCAGUUUCCAAAUUCAUCAAAAAUGUUCAGACCAAACUACUAAACCUACUCAUCAAAAUCAAACAUGAGCUGCUUGGAAAAAAGGAAAAGGAGGUAAAUAUCCUAAAGACGCAAAUAAAUCAACAACUAAACACACUUGACUCCACAACAUUUUUUGAAAGUGAAAAUCUACUAACAAAAAAACUUGCUGCGGAUAUUAAGAAGACACAAACAAACAAAUACGAAAAACUAAAAGACAAACAGAAACAACUUUUAAACAUAAAGGGUGUACCAGGGUGGUUCUGCAACACGUCAACUACGCAAAUUUCUAAUGACAUUCAGUGGCUUCUUUCUCUUGGUCCUAGAUUUGCUUCACCAACAAGUAAUAAAGAAUUUCCAUUAUUUCAAUUUAUAGCAGAUGGGGAAAACUGCAUUCAAACAAUUAAGAUAAAGAAAAACAAGAAAUCGAAAGAAACAACUUGACGACACUAAUACGUGACCAUCUCAAUAAGAGAACAGAAUCAACGAGAGAUAAGUUUAUUCGCGAUACUGUACAUUCCACAAGAACAUUUUUAAAGAACAAUAAACACCUUUUAGUUCUUAAUGCCGAUAAAGGGAACGUAACCGUAGUUAUGAACAAGGUUGAGUACGAUACAAAGAUGCAGUAAAUCGUCAACAACAUCUGCACUUACAGAAUUUUGAAACAUGAAAACCAGUAAAUUACAAGACAAAAAUAAUGAAAUAUUGGAGAGAUUAUAUAAUAACAAGGUCAUUGAUUUAAAAGAAAAGAACAAGCUUAUUUGUAAAACAGCCAAUUCACCAAGAAUCUAUGGUUUACCAAAAAUACAUAAAGAAGGGAUACCCCUCAGACCCAUUUGUUCGUCUAUCAAGUCCCGUCCUACAAUUUAUGCAAAUACGUUGUCAAUAUCCUUAGAAACAUUACAAAAUCUUCCAAUUACAAUGUUAAAGACGCGAUUGAUUUCAAGAACAGGAUUGAAGAUACUUAUAUAUAUGAUGACGAAAGUUUAGUGUCGUUCGAUGUUGUUUCCUUGUUCCCAAGUAUCCCGGUGGAUUUGGCUAUAAAUAUUAUUGCUUCGAAGUGGGAUGAUAUUAAAGAGCAUACAAAUUUGUCUAGGGAUUUAUUCUUAAGUAUGGUAAAAUUUUGCAUAAAAGAUAAUCGAUAUUUUAAAUAUAAUGGCAAAAUAUAUGAGCAACUGUCAGGAAUGCCUAUGGGCUCCCCAGCUUCACCAGUGAUAGCUGAUAUAGUAAUGGAAGAUUUACUGACCAAAUUUGAAAGUGAUUGUUCCAAUAAACCGCGUCUCCGAACCAGGUAUGUGGAUGAUUUGUUUGCCAUAAUUCAAAGAGAAGAUAUAGACAAAAUGCUUACUUUAUUAAACAGCUACCAAAAGACGAUUAAAUUUACGAUAGAAAUAGAAAAAGAUGGAAAACUACCAUAUCUGGACACCCUAGUAAUCAGGAAGAACAACCGAUUAAAAA